AAUUAUGUAUCAUGGAACACAACAAAAAUCUAUAUGUUCAAUUGUGAAAAAAAAUUUAUAGCCUGGUUUUGCUUAAUACUAUGCUAAUGAUGAAUGUCGAGAUUAAUUUGGAAAUCAAGUUUAUGUUGGAUAAGGAAUUUAUUUUACUGAUAAACUUUUAAUCUCUACUCAAUAUUGCUAAUACACUCCUAUUUGUAAUAAACAAUUUGCAGUAAUAUUUAUGUCAAGAGUAUCUCCUAACUAUAUCAGGCAAAGUAAAUAAAUGAAAGAAAAUGGAUAUUUUCUUAUAAAUAAAUCCCUACACAUAAGACCUUAUAGAAUUCUCUUACAUGAAAAAAAUGAAAUGAAUUGA